GCUAUUUUUUAGAACGACUCAUCUGGUCCUUACGGGCUACCUGCUGCCCGCCGGCACCGCGUUGGUGACCCCUGGUGUUGUGUAUGCAUGUGUUUUGUUUGUCAUCAUGCAGCUUGGGUGUUAGUCUCCCAAGGAACAGGAGGAGUGUUUGUGUUCAUUUACUUGUCAGCCAAUGAAUGACUUUUCCAUAUCUGGGGAAUCUUUGAAGACCAGAAGCCAAUGUUGUAGUUUUUGUUGUCUUCUCCACCUGAUACUGCACCUCCACUCGGUCUUCUGCAGGAUGUUGGCGCCAACAGGAAGUAAGUGUGUGGCAGUAACUCGCAGCCUCAUCUUGUGGUUCCUGCUGGCCGACAUCAUAUUGUUGUUAUACUGCUUGAAGUUGCCGAGCCGAGACGGCCGCCAAGAAGAAACCUGCCUCAGCAAGAACUCAACCGGACCUUCUAGAAGCCGCCGGAAAGGCGCGUGCUCACCCGUGGAGAACAUCAUGUUCAUGAAGACGCACAAAACCGCCAGCAGCACGCUCCUCAACAUCCUCUUCCGCUUCGGACAGAAGCACCGGCUCAAGUUCGCCUUCCCGGACGGACGCAACGAUUUCUUCUACCCAUCGCCGUUUCGCCGCUCGCAGGUGAAGAACUACACGCCUGGCGAGUGCUUCAACAUCCUGUGCAACCACAUGCGCUUCCAACCCCGGGAGGUGGCCACGCUGCUGCCUGCCGACGCCGUCUACGUCUCCAUCCUGCGUGACCCCGCCCACCUCUUCGAGUCGGCCUUCCACUACUACCACCGCGCCGUCCCCUUCACCUGGCGGAUCGGCGCCGAGAACAAAAUGGCGGCGUUCCUGGACGACCCCUGGGGUUUCUACAGCGUGGGCGCCUACAACUCCUUCUACCUGAGGAAUUUGCUGUUCUUCGACUUUGGUUUGGACAACAACUUGGAGCCGGACGACGCCGGCGUGACGGCGUCUAUUUCGGAUCUCGGCGCCAGGUUCCAUUUGGUUCUCAUUGCAGAACACUUCGAGGAGUCCCUCAUCCUCCUCAGAGAAACCCUCUGCUGGACCACGGAGGACAUUUUGUACUUCAAGCUCAACGCCCGUAAGACGUCGUCGGUCACACAUAUGACCCCGGAGAUGCGCGCCAAGGCUCUGCGGUGGAACGGCGCCGACUGGAAGCUGUACCGCCACUUCAACAACACCCUCUGGGCCAAGGUGGAAGCCUACGGGAGGGAGAGGAUGGAGCGGCAAGUGGCGGAGCUCCGGAGAAGGAACGCUGAGAUGAGAGCCGCCUGCAUCGAGGGCGGCGAGGCGGUGGACGCCGGGAUGAUUCGCGAGGAACGCUUUCUACCCUGGCAGCCCGUCGGAGGAAAGUCCAUCGUGGGUUACAACAUGAACGAAGAUGUGGACGCCGAGUUGAAGAGCACGUGUGAGAGAAUGCUCACACCUGAAAUACAAUACAUGGACCACUUGGGGGUCAAUCUAUGGCUGACCCGACUCUGGGGUUGGUUCAAAGAUUCCAUUUACUGAUAUUCAAAGGCAGUCAGCACUAUUUAUUGUUUUUUAUUGCUACUGCAUCUACUCAGUGGCCUAGGGGUUAGAGCAGGGGUGGGAAAUUAAUUUUUACUGGGGGCCCGAGCACUACUGUAACACUGUCUUACGCAACACUUCCUGAUGUACGAUACAAUGCAAAAAUGUCAAUUUUUCUCACUUUAUCCUGCAUCCUCUUUUAAAGUCCAACAUUUUUCCCCGUCCGAUUUGGACAACCAUCUGUUGUCACACCUGCCAGCUUGUCCCAUUAAAUAAAUGAUAAAUGGGU